AUGGGCGAACGCUGGGAUCGGGAUCGCUUCAUGUUUGAGCGAGCCCGCGACAGGUCUCGCUUUGACGAUGACCGAUCAUACAUGCGCGGCGGACGAGGCCGUGAACACUCAGAAGAGCGAUUCGAUCGCCGAACAAACCGCUCUUUCGACGAGGAUGACAUGGUCCGAGAUCGUCGCUACUACGGCGAGGAACCUCGUUACAUGCCUCAGCGAGAAAGAGAAGCACCUCCACCAUUUGCUCGCCGUGGUGUACUAGAGAAGGAGAGGGAGCGCGACUACUUCCCUCGCCGCGAAUCUCCUCCUCGACGACCUGGCUUCCUCCGUCGCCAAUCCUCUCUUGACACCUUUGACCGUCGACCAAGCCGUCUCUUCCGUGAGCGUGAGGAGUACCCUCCUCCCGCUCGCCGAGAGGACGUCCGCCGAGGCAGCCGGGAUGAAUACCGUGCUCCGGCCUACACCCCCAUCCCGCUCCCCAAGACCCGCGGACUGCCUCCACCCCGCCGAUUUGCCGACCAGGGUUUCUACGAUGACAUCAAGGUUGCCGAACCCGACUUCUACGGCGACGACGACUUCCGACCCUACCCUGAGAGGGUUCGUGAGAAGGAGUACACCAAGUCCCGCAGCCGCCGUGCCGUCAGCCGUGGCCGCAGCCGAGAUUCCCGCUCUACCCGCACUUGCUCCGUGCGAAGCAGCUCCUACUCGUCUUCCUCCAGCCGGUCUUCUAGCAGCAGUGGAGGCACUACUGUGCGCAGCGAGUAUCCCAAGAAGGGCAAGACUCGCAUUCCUGCCAAGCUCGUCUCCAAGAGGGCUCUGAUUGAUCUCGGAUACCCAUUCUUUGAAGAGGGUCACACUAUCAUUGUGCAAAAGGCUCUCGGCCAGGACAACAUUGACGAGCUCCUCAAGGUCAGCGAGGACUACAAGAAGGUUGAGGCAGAGAUCGCCGCGGCUCGCAAGCCAGCCGCUGCUAUUCUUCCUCCUCCACCCCAGGCCAAGCCUCAACCUCCUCCUCAGCAGCUCCCGCCUCAGCAGGCUCCUCCAGCUCCGAAAGCACCAUCUCAAGCACCACCGCCUCAGGCUCCGCCUCAACAGGCCCCUCCUCCUCAACAGCCCCCACCUCAGCAGGCUCCUCCGCCCCAAGCACCUCCAGCCCAGGCUCCCCCUCCUCAAGCGCCGCCGGCCCAAACGGCCCCCGCUCCAGUCCCCGUUCCGGCUCCGGCUCCUCCGCCUCCGGUCCAGGUGCAACCUGUCCCGGCCCCGAUGCCCAUGCCACCUCCUCCAGGCCCCAUCUACAUGAACCCUCAGCCUGCUCCUGUCGAAAUUGUGGACGAGACCGAGACCAUCAUUCGCGAUGUUUCGCCAUCUCGUUCUACGACUACCAUGUCAAGCUGGGAUUCGUACCAUCACCAUCACCAGGGCGAGCUCAUCCACAAGUCUCGCUCCCGAUCUCGUAAUGGACGUCGUGAGAUUCGUGCCGAGAUUCGCGCUCUAGAGCGUGAGCUCGCUCACCGACCCAGAGGACGGUCCAGCACGGGCGGCGAGAUCGUCCACGCUGAGCGACUACCUGACGGACAAGUCGUCAUUGUAGAGGACAAGCUAGAGAAGGUGGUUGAGCACCGCAAGCCUCCGCGAAUUGAAAAGGACAAGAAAGGACCUCCUCCCAAGCUCAUGCGGGCCAUGCUUGCGACCCUGACUUGA